CCCCCGCGCCGCCAGGGGCCUCACCGGCAGCGCACCCUUCCGCUGCACGUGGCGGCGGCAAGAUGCCCAAGUCCAAGCGUGACAAGAAAGCCUCCUUAACCAAAAUUGCCAAGAAAGGCUUGGAACUAAAACAGAACCUGAUAGAAGAGCUUCGGAAAUGCGUGGACACGUACAAGUACCUCUUCAUCUCCUCCGUGGCCAACUUGAGGAACAGCAAGCGGAAGGACAUCCGAAAUGCGUGGAAGCACAGCCGGAUGCUCUUUGGAAAAGUGAUGCUGGUGGCCUCCGGUCGAAGCCCCUCUGUUGAAUACAAAGACAACCUGCACCAGGUCAGCAGGAAGCUGAAGGGUGAAGUUGGUCUCCUUUUCACCAAUCGAACUAAGGAGGAAGUAAACGAGUGAUUCACCAAGUUCACGGAGAUGGACUACCCGAGCAGAGCCGGUAACAAAGCAUCCUUCUCUAUGAGCCUGGAUCCUGGGCCCCUGGAGCAGUUCCCGCACUCCAUGGAGCCGCAGCUGAGGCAGCUGGGCCUGCCCACCACCCUCAAGAAAGGUGUGGUCACCCUGCUGUCUGACUGCGAGGUGUGCAAGGAGGGCGGCGUUCUGACACUGGAGCAGGCCCGCGUCCUGAAGCUUUUUGGCUAUGAGAUGGCUGAGUUCAAAGUGACCAUCAGGUAUAUGUGGGACGUACAGUCUGGAAGGUUUGCGCAGAUGGGCGACGAUGACCUGCCAGAGAGUGCGGAAGAGUCGGCAGAAGACAGCGAGGACGACUGA